AUGAAGUACGAAACCGCAAUUUUCUUCAUCACCAUUCUAAAUUUGGCGUCUGCUGCUCCUGUCGCAGAACCAAAGAACAAAUUCAAUCUCCCCACAAUACCAAAGCGAAUGUUAAGAGGUCGUGAAGUUCCUCAAGAACAUUCCCACAAUCGAUUUCUCGACGGUGUCCGUGUUAAUCUGAACAUCAACAACCCAAACAAUAUCCAAGAUCCAGUCUUUGGUCUAUUGGGUAAUGCCGCCGCUAUUAAAGGAGCUGGAUCUAUCACCAAUCCUGAUUGUCUUCAUCAAGCUACAGCCGAUCAAGCUUUCACCAAUGCCAAAGCUGCUAAUAAUAUCACCGGUAUGGCGGAUGCAUUAAUGUAUGCUGCACUUGAAAGAAACACAGGAUCAGUUGGACUCGCAUCAGUCAUUUGCAAUGAAACUGCCGUUAAUCCAGAGAUUCAAGCAGUUCAACAACAUCAAGAUCCAGCUUCACCAAAUGCUGCCGCUACCAAUAAAGCCAUUGUUCUAUCACUCGCCAAACAACUUGCUUCUAUUGGAGCUGAUCCUCAAGAAGCUCUUCUUUCUGGUACAUUUGCACCUGGAACAAUUGGUGAUUCAACUGGUGCUGGUAAUACUUGUGAUACUGAGGAUGAUUCACCUGGGUGUAUCUUUACUCAAAAUCUUCUAGUGGAUGAUGCUACGGCGGAUGAAAUUACAGCAGCCGUUGCAGGAAUCUCAGCAAAUUCUACCUCAACAGCUACUACUUCUACCUCUUCGAGUGACUCAAGUUCCGAUGCGACAGGUGAUGAAUGUGCAGCUGCGGUAACAAGCACAAUUACAGCUGUAUCAGCGAUAGCAACAGAUUCUUCCACAUCUUCUACAACCAAAAUCACAGCAACAGGAACAAACGUUCAAGCAUUCACCGGUACUCUAGGCGGUACACCACCUCCAGUCAUUUCCUCAGCAGGAGAUCGUCCAUUCUCAAUUAAUGGUGAUACUUUUGUAGGUGAAGGAGCAGCUCUUCAAAGAAGUUGCAGUGUACAACAUAAUGCGUGUGCGAAGGCGGUUAAUAGUGGGGAGUUGGCGGGAGGAGAGGAACAGUGUGAGACGCAAGAGACGGCUUGUAAUGCUGCGAGUGGAGCGACGAAGAUGUUGAGAAGACAAGUUGGGAUGUUGUAG